UCUACAUCUACAAUUUUGCAGCGCUGGUUGUUACAGCUGUAUUAGUACAGCUGUAUAGGGCCAGCGCUGCAGAUGGUGUUAGAUGUGGCCACACUACAGCGCUGUUGGGCGGCUUCAAGGGGGGUUCGGGGAACGCGAGAGCAAACCGGGGAAGGAGACCAGCUUCGCCGCGGUUUGCUCUCGCGUUCCCCGAACCCCCCUGCAAACCGCAGGGAAGGAGACCUGCUUGCACGGGGGUUCGGGGAACGCGAGAGCAAACCGGGGAAGGAGACCAGCUUCGCCGCGGUUUGCUCUCGCGUUCCCCGAACCCCCCUGCAAACCGCAGGGAAGGAGACCUGCUUGCACGGGGGUUCGGGGAACGCGAGAGCAAACCGGGGAAGGAGACCAGCUUCGCCGCGGUUUGCUCUCGCGUUCCCCGAACCCCCCUGCAAACCGCAGGGAAGGAGACCUGCUUGCACGGGGGUUCGGGGAACGCGAGAGCAAACCGGGGAAGGAGACCAGCUUCCCCGCGGUUUGCUCUCGCGUUCCCCGAACCCCCCUGCAAACCGCAGGGAAGGAGACCUGCUUGCACGGGGGUUCGGGGAACGCGAGAGCAAACCGGGGAAGGAGACCAGCUUCCCCGCGGUUUGCUCUCGCGUUCCCCGAACCCCCCUGCAAACCGCAGGGAAGGAGACCUGCUUGCACGGGGGUUCGGGGAACGCGAGAGCAAACCGGGGAAGGAGACCAGCUUCGCCGCGGUUUGCUCUCGCGUUCCCCGAACCCCCCUGCAAACCGCAGGGAAGGAGACCUGCUUGCACGGGGGUUCGGGGAACGCGAGAGCAAACCGGGGAAGGAGACCUGCUUGAUUACCAGAGGCUUCCUCAGGUAUGCUGGGAUACCUGCUUAUUCCACGGAGGUCAAGAAAAGCGCUGGUAAGUGUCUACACUUGAUUACCAGCGCUGGAUCACCAGCGCUGGAUCCUCUACACCCGAGACAAAACGGGAGUACGGCCAGCGCUGCAAACAGGGAGUUGCAGCGCUGGUGGUGCCCUGCAGAUGUGUACACCUCCUAAGUUG